ACGCACACAAGAACUAAGGAACGCGGGAUGUUUCAUCAGCGAAUGUGAAGUCAACUGUAUUUGGUCGUGCUGUCGAGCCUUCGAGCAUUCCAAAGUAAAACCAAAGGAUCUCUCCUGCUCCGUCUCAACUCUUCGCAGCUCUGCUCAGUCAACCCCUUCAGCUUCGCAGCUCCCUCCGCAGACGUGACCAUGGUAGACAAGAUGGCCUCCUUUGGCCGGAUCUUGUUGCGACGCAGGGUACUGGACUGCUCCGAUGAGGGAAGCCGCUUUGCCCGCUGCCUCUCCACACUGGACCUGGUGGCGCUGGGGGUGGGCUCUACGCUAGGGGCAGGGGUGUACGUCCUGGCUGGUGAGGUAGCCAGGGAGAAGGCUGGUCCUGCCAUCGUGCUCUGCUUCCUCAUCGCUGCGCUCUCCUCCAUGCUGGCCGGACUCUGUUACGCCGAGUUUGGCGCCCGCGUACCCAAGACUGGUUCGGCGUACCUGUACAGCUACGUGACGGUUGGCGAGAUCUGGGCUUUCAUCACGGGGUGGAACCUCAUCCUCUCCUAUGUCCUCGGUACAGCCAGUGUGGCCCGAGCCUGGAGCUCUAAUUUCGAUAGCCUGGUGGAGCAGAGGAUAUCGGACUUCUUCAGGUCGUCCAUGGCCAUGAACGUCCCGGGGGGCGUGCUGGCUGAAUACCCGGACCUGUUUGCGCUCAUCCUCGUGCUCUUAUUAACCGGGCUGCUGGCGUUUGGCGUGAGUGAGUCGGCUCUGGUGAAUAAGAUCUUCACGGGGGUCAACCUGGUGGUGCUGGGCUUCGUCAUCAUCUCAGGCUUUGUGAAGGGAGACACAAACAACUGGAACCUUACUUUGGAUGACUUUAACAACACCUACCGUGUCAUCAACGCCAAUAUCACCAACGCGUCCAGCUUAUCCAAAGAGGUUGUGGAUAAGACAUUUGGCACAGGUGGUUUUGCUCCGUUUGGCCUCCGUGGCAUUUUGUCUGGUGCCGCCACGUGUUUCUAUGCCUUUGUGGGGUUCGACUGCAUCGCCACGACAAGCGAAGAGGCUAAGAACCCAACGCGUUCCAUCCCUGUGGGCAUCGUGGCCUCUCUGCUCAUCUGUUUCUUCGCCUACUUUGGGGUGUCUGCGGCCCUCACCCUCAUGAUGCCCUACUACCUGCUGGACACCAAGAGCCCCCUGCCAAAGGCCUUCAUCCACAUAGGCUGGCCUGCUGCUCACUACAUCGUGGCUGUGGGCUCCCUCUGUGCUCUCUCCACCAGCCUGCUUGGGUCCAUGUUCCCCAUGCCGAGGGUGAUCUACGCCAUGGCAGAGGAUGGGCUCCUGUUCCGUGGCCUGUCCCGCAUGAACACGCGCACCAAGACGCCCCUGAUGGCCACCAUCGUCUCUGGCUGUGUGGCAUCUCUGAUGGCCUUCCUCUUUGACCUGGCUGCCCUGGUUGACCUCAUGUCCAUAGGGACACUGCUGGCCUACUCACUAGUGGCCAUCUGUGUGCUCAUCCUCAGGUACCAGCCGGGCACCCUGAGCUCGUCCAGUCAGAGUGAAAAGCUGGUGGAGCUGGUGGGAGGGGAGAAGGUGGCCGUGUCCGGGCAAGACAGCGGUGACGAGUACGGCCUGGAUCUGGAGGACGGCCCCCUCCGGGAGAAGUUCACCCCCCGCCUCCUCCUCUUCCCCAGCGGGAAUCUACCCACUCAGAUCUCUGGGAACAUCGUCUAUGCCACCACGGCCAUUAUCUCGGUGCUCAUCACUGUGCUGUGUGUGGUGUUGGCGGGGAAGCUGGAUGAGUUGAUCGAGGUUCAGCCUGUGUGGGUCACGGUGUGUGUAGUACUGGCCUUGCUCUGUGCCCUUUGUGUCGUCAUCAUCUGGAGGCAACCCGAGAGCAAGGAAGCCCUCACCUUCAAGGUGCCCUUGUUGCCAUGGCUGCCUCUGUUCAGUGUCUUUGUCAACAUCUACCUCAUGAUGCAGCUGGACCUGGCUACGUGGUGCCGCUUUGCUGUUUGGAUGGGCAUUGGAUUUGCAAUCUACUUCUGCUACGGGAUCUGGCACAGCACCGAGGCAGCCAACAGCACCCCCCGGAAAUACGAGCCUGCCCUCCAGACCAAGAAGAAGCCCAUCUACCUGGGGAGAGACGAGAGUGAGGCGGAGGGGAUGAGCCCCUGAACGGCUAGGGACUGGAGGAAACCCCACACGUUAUACCUCUGAAGUGAAGGCAGACAAUUCAACUGACACUGCAAUGUGUGUGUCUAGAUUUGUUGCCUUUCAUUUUUGGGAGAUCUGUCUUACACUUUAUUGGACACUUUCAACACUUAAUGUUUCUAUUAACAUUACUAGUGAUUUUUAAAUUUUAUUUAUUAACCGUUAGUCUCUUCCUAGUUGGUGGCUGUGGCCGUGCCUCCAAUCGUUAGCCCACGGGGGCCCCCAGCAGCAAUAUGAAGUACAGCUGUACAGGAUCUGUUGGUUAGGGCCAUGUGUAUUACUGGGUACCAGUGUGUCUGUGGGGUUUACGGCCUUGGUCAGGGCCUCCGUAGACUUGUUAACGGUGUCGAGGCCCAACGCGGGCGGUUUUUGGGAUGACUGUCGUAGACGAGCUGUCCUCCACCUGCCAAAGAGCAACCUAUUUAACAGGACUUUGUGCACCUAGUUGCAGAAACGAUUAUUUUUGUUGGUGUCAGCUUCUUCAAUACGUCUCAUGAAAUGGAAAUAUCACCACAGAGACCUCGAACUACAUAUCCUAUAAUGUUAAAGGCGUUUAUGAACAAUCUGUUGCCGGUGAUUUUUCUGUCGUACAUUUGUCUUUGAACGUAUGGUAAAAAUAGUCAAAGUAAUGAUGUAUGUUAUCAUUUUCAUGGUGAUGUAAGUCCCUGUGUUACUUGCCUCUGAGGUCCAUCCAAAGAAUUGACUGAGGUAAAUCAACCCUUGGAGGGUGAUAAAGCAUCCCAGCACCUCUGCACUGUCUGCUGAAUAAUCUUUAAUCUGGUAUCGUCAUUUGGGCUGUUCUGUACUCUUGUAACCCCCUUCAUAUGCAUUUCUAUUUAUCUCUGGAGUUCUGAUUUACAAAUCCGAGCUACCCUUUUUAUAUGGAAAUACUUGAGUUUGAGAGAUCUGCCUCGAAUGCUUGAGCUGUCUACAGAUGUAGAUUUAACUGUCAAACAAAGAAAUACCCGUAUGAUCUAGACAAUGCGCUGUAUUGACUCUUUUUAAAAGGCAGUGAUUUUAGUCCUGGUCAGGUAUUACCACUAAUAUUACUUUAGCUGUAGAUUCUUGUGAACCUAUUUUCACAAACAUUUUUAGUUUCCAUUGAAACUUGUUCUUGGCAGCUUGGCUGUCGAGUUUGCAUCAUCAUUUUAGCCAUCUAUUUUCCUGCUAUGCCCUUCAACUGACUUUAAUCGAGUAAUGUGCUUUUUAUAGAUGUGUUUUGUCUUUUACGUGUACUCUUGAUUACCCCCUUGCUUUUAAUGUGUUACUGUAUAUA